CUCGUCUGAGCUUUGCUUUUGGAACGAGUUGCCAGUGGCAGCCACCCACCACAGAGCAGGACACGAACGUCACUCGACCAUAUAAUAAAGGGGACCAAACUGCCACUCGGAACCUUGCGUCUGUAAAACCAGCAGGCAGGAGAGACCCUCGUCAAGUUGCAAACUCGCAACAACGAAAUGGCUGGCAUCAUGAAGGAAGCUUCGGUUGAGCUGCUGCCGCUUGAAGGCCAUAGCUCGUUCUUCCAUGGGAAAUAUGGGAUAGAGCCCUGCUCGCUACGGGGCCUGGUGCGCGUCACCCAACCGUUCCGCCACCCAUUGCACCUCGUUGACACGACCGUGACUUUCGAGGGCAAGUCCGCGUCCUCCUCAGAGGAAAUCGUCUGCGUAGACUUCCACUCCUCGGUGCUGGCGGAAGGUCACGAGCGCAAACUGCCCUAUGGAACGCACGACUUUGAGUGGAUCGUUGAGCUCUCCACGGACCCAUUGCUCCCACCUUCACGGAAAGUGAUGUCCCAAUCUGGACCGUAUCAUCGAAAGACCCACCGCAUAAAGUACCAUCUGCAUGCCGCACUCGCGUAUCACGGCAUGGUGGGACGAGUCAAGAAGGAAGUGUCGAUCCCUAUGGAACCAUUUCUUGUGUGGCCCACUGCAGAGUUGCUGAUACCUGCUCCGCACCGAUGGGAAGCUGUGACCCCGUCCGUACAAUAUGACAUCUCUGUGUCGAGUACCAUUUUGGGACCAGGAGAUGCGUUCGAUUUUGCUUUCAGGAUUGUAUCGCGUGGAUACAUGAUCAACAACGUCAAGCUCACUAUCAGCGAAUACUGCGAUGAGCCUCAGCCGUCGAGUAUCAGUAUGUCGGACGCUCUGCACAACGCGGGUAAAAGAAAGCUGCUAUCGUGGGACUGGAAGUCCGUGAGCUACGAUCGGACCGAAGAUUUCUUCGAUGCUCAGACUCAUUCAGUCGUGUUCCCAGCUGGAAGCCGACCCAACCCCACAACGCUACCCUCGGAGGCGUUCCAAACGGCCAACGUGCACCAUCAAAUGAAAGUGUCGAUCCACUUCGACGACGCACCAACCCUCACAUUGAAGGUUCCCGUCACCGUCCUGCCAAUGCCCGUCACCGAUGCAAAGAAGGCUUUGAUUGAUGUUGCCCGAAACCCCGCAGCCAUACCAUCAGACCAAGCAACUCAACUGACUUUGAGAAGACAAGGCGGAAGCCUAAAAGUCUCACCCGACCAAAGCCCCUCCGCCAACGGCGACACCAACAACCCGACUCCCACGGGUGAAUUUCCCAACACCCAACAACCCCUCCGCAAAGCAACAACCAUCAAACGCCGCGAAACCAACGCCACCGUCUCCGCCCUCGAACGCACCUCCACCGUGCGUCCCGCCCAACCCCUGCCCUCUCCGCCAGGACCACCAGUACCCGACCUCUCCGCCGCCCUUUCCAGCCUCGAAAAAACCCUUAUCGCAACCAUGCAGCAGAACCAAGAAGCGACGAUGAAGAAGCUGAUCGAGGUGGAAGUGGAGCAGAAACGUAUGCUCCGCCGGGUGUUUGAGCUGGAGAACCUUGUUAAAAGUCUGCAGGAGGAUUCUAACGGCCAUGGGGUGAAUGCUGCGUAUGAUGGGCAGUUUUCGGAGACGGGAAGUGUGAGGAGCUCGAAGAGUAAGAUUAAGGGGUUCAAGAACUUCUUUGGGUGAAGAGCUCGGACAAAGCAACGACAUUGGGAGGCAAGGCACCCCCUACAUUUAUCAUUUUCAUGUCACGCACAAUAGGCAUAUGUACAUCGAGCAUAGGAGACGCUGGUAGAUUGUACAUAGCAGAGUCUCAUACCAUCGGCUUACCUCCAGUGUAUACAUCGUAGAACAACGAGUAUAGACAGUCUGAGUCAUUUGUACAAACGCCGUUGCCUUUGCUUUUCGACGAAGCUGGUCA